UUUCUGGGAGCUUGAGCUGAAUAGUCUGGUACAAUAACCAACAUGCAGUCACCUGGAAAGUCUCUGAAGGAAGCUCUGCUCUGUGCUCAGCGUGAAGACAGGCUCACUGUCGGAGUGUACGAGAGUGCUAAAAUUAUGACUGAAGAUAUAGACAGCGUGUCUUUCUGCGUCCUGGCCAUGGACGAGGGGUUUGAGUGGGACAUCGCUCUUCAGAUCCACUUCACCCUCAUCCAGUCCUUCUGUUUCGAUAAUAACAUCAGCAUAGUCAGAGUGAGUGACAUGCAGCGCCUGGCUGACAUUGUUGGAGACAAGGCGGCGCAGCUGGAAGAUGCGCACUGCGUCCUCAUCACGAACCCAUCCGAUGAGUCUUGGGAGGAUCCUGCUCUGGAGAAGCUGCACCUGUUCUGUGAGGAGAGCCACCGUCUCAAUGACUGGGUUCCUGAGAUCAGCCUCCCCGAGCGUUGAUCUUAGACUCCACUUGAGACCUCACUUUGCUCAUCUGGAAAUACUCAUCCUGGUGAAAAACAGGAUGAUCCUGUUUCUUCUCAUCCCUGGAUACUCCUGAGGAGGAUUCCCGUCCAGGCAGCACGGCGCCGGCCCGAGGGGCCCCCGUGAACCGUCGCCUCUUGUCCCGUCCAUGCCAAGAUGACUCUCAUUCUUUAUGUGAACGAGGUCGGGCAUGCCACAAGAGCGACACAUCGACCCUCAUUCUUUGUGCGGAUGAGGUCUGGAGAGGAAGGAGAAGCGAAUUCUGCAUCCUGUGGUCCCACAGAGCGAAUGUCGCAAGUUGAAGCACGCGCAGCAGGAGAAGAAGCGGUGCUGAGAAAGAGGCCUUCUUAAAAAGGGACUUUUUAAAAGGUGUCCUCUUUGCUGAGCAACAUGACAGCAGUUGCAGUCAGUGAAAAUGUUCCCCACUUUCCAGAAUUGUCCUAAUUGUCUAAAGGUUUCACUUUAGAAAUUUAAAAAUGACACAAUAUUGAAAAAUUGAAACAAAAAAAAACUUGAAAAAAGAAAAAUGCAUUCUGUCUAAAGGUUUCACUUUAGAAAUCUAAAAAUGACACAAUAUUGAAAAAUUGAAACAAAAAAAAACUUGAAAAAAGAAAAAUGCAUUCUGUCUAAAGGUUUCACUUUAGAAAU